AUGACCGCGGCUCUCGCUGCCGCCGCCAAGGCAGCGAUCCGGCCGCGCGCACCGCGGCGGCAGGUGAUUCAGCUCACGGACGCGGCGGCCGAUCGGAUUCGCGAGCUGCUGACGAGGCGCAGCAAGGAGUACCUCAAGCUGGGCGUCAAGUCGCGCGGCUGCAGCGGCAUGAGCUACACCCUCUCCUACGCCGGUACGCGCCGCGCGCUCGCACUCUCAAGGACAGGGGAAGCGCACGGCGCGUACCGGCGCAAGGACAUGGCUUUUCGUCGGAUUCAGGGGAAGCGCGUUAGGGGUCACUUGCGGUGUCGUGCCUUUAACUUAGCAGAUCAGAUGAAGACGCUCGUAAAUUCCUCUCCGUACGUCGUUCCGUUCUUGCCGCUUAUGACGCGUAAAUGCACACACCAGAUCGUCAUUCCGUUUCAGAGGCCAUUCCGCUCGUCAUGCCUCAAUCUCCCAUUCUCCGUGUCCCAUGGUCGGCUUCACUCGCUUUCUGCCCGUUGCCGUGUGUGUGCGCGGCGGUGUGCAGACGAGCCGGGGCGGUUCGACGAGGUGGUGGAGGAGAAGGGCGUGCGAGUGGUGGUGGAGCCCAAGGCGCUCAUGGCCGUCAUCGGCACCACCGUCGACUUCGUACACGACCGCCUCAAGUCGGAGUUUGUGUUCGGGCGCGGAGUGACGCCUCCUCAGCAGGCAUUGCAGGAUCAACUUGUACAGGGGUGGGGUGCAGUGAGUGCAUUGAGCAGUGCUCAUUGGCAGCGAGAGCGCGAUCGCGGUUCCGCUGGUGCGCAAGUGCAUGCAGCAGCGGCCGCGCCUCAAAGUGCUCUUCACCCAGCGCCCUCGCGCUGUACCCCCGCUUGCCCUCCCCCUCUCUCUAUCCCUUCCUCUCUCUUCACCACCCGCAACGCCCUCGCGCUGUACGCGCCUGCUCGCCCUCCCCUCCCCCUCGACCACUCAUUACCCCACUUCCCCUCGUCCCGCCUCUCCCUUUCCCUCCUUCCUCCUCUCUCGUCCCCACCGGCCUCUGCAUCUCGCUUGCUCGUUUCCUCCCGCGUCCACCCAUCUGGUCUGGGUCCUCACUUUCGCAUCAUCCUGCGUCCACUCAAACGCGUUGCCUCGUUUCCCCCUAGGACCGCUCCCUUGUGUCUUCCCUCUCACGCUCUUGCUCCUUCCCCACUCCUGCAACUACCUUGCAUAUUUUGCCGCCCCUUCCCCGCGCCGCUCCCAUACGCCCCUUCACCCUGCGCCCCUCCCAUACACCCCUUCACCCUGCGCCCCUCCCAUACACCCCUUCCCCCUGCGCCCCUCCCAUACGCUCCUUCCCCGCGCCCCUCCCCCACGCCCUCCCCUGCGCCCCUCCCCUCUGCGCGUCUCCCCUCUGCCCCUCCCCUGCGUCCCUCCCCCUUUCGCCCCAUGGCAGGUCGGUUGUCUCCAAAGCCUUUUCCAAGACGCAUGUCAUAUGCCAGGUGUGUCCUCAUGCCACGUCUGCCAGAUGUCAGAUGGGUCACAUGCCACGUGUGCCAUAAGCCUCGUGAGCCACAUGCCACAGCGCCAGUGGACGCGCCAGCAGCGGUGGAGCGCUUCCUGGUGCACUGGCAGCCCAACGCGGCGGUGUUCAUGGAGCAAGAGCUCUGGCCCAACCUCCUGCUCUCGCCGCGCCUGCUCCAAGUGCCCAUUGCGCUGCUCAACGCGCGCAUGACCCAAUCAACGUUUGACAGGUGGCACGCCAUGGAUGGGCUCUUCCUCCCUCUCGUCUCCGCCAUGAUUGGUCGAUUCGCCCUCAUCACCACCACUAGCACGGAGCAGGGGCUACGGUAUCAGCGCCUGGGCGCCAACCCCAUGCUCACACGCUACACUGGCAACCUCAAGUUCGCCGUCCUGCAGGUGGCGGGGCUGCUCAUAAUCAUAACCUCCGCCUGCCCACAUGCCUCGCACGGACCCACCCCGUCUACCCCCUCCACCCCCCUUUCCCCCCCAGCCAUCCUGCGCGUGCAUCGCAAUCUGAAGCACCGAGUGGCGGGGCUGCUCACUGUCAUCGUGCCGCGCGACCCAAGCAGAGGGGCGGCCAUUGGCAAGCCAGCAGCUUAUCCGCCCAUCUUCUUGCCCUCCUUUGAACACCCCUUCUCCCCCCUUCCCUUUUGCACCCUCCGCCCUCUCCCUGUUGCUUUUAUUUUCUUCCCACCCUCUCACCUCCUCGUCGUGCCCCGCCGUCUCCUCUCCACAUCCCGCCUCCCAGCUCUCUCCUUCUCCCACCUCCCGCGCGGCGCAAGGCUGUGGCACGCCCAGUCCUUUCAAAAGAAUCACCCCCCCCCUGUUGCACUCCUCCUUCCGCCCCUCCUCUUCCUUCCCGCCUCUCCCCCUGCACCAGUUCCUGGCAUCGCAGCAGCACCACCCGCCACCACUAAAGCCGGUGCUGUAGCCCCAGACCUCCCAAAAGCACCACCCACCCCUGUUACACUCCCUCCAUCCCGCCUCUCCCACUUGCCCCAGUUCCUGGCAUCGCAGUUGCACCACCCGCCACCAUUGCAGCCAGGGAUGACAGCGGAAGAGGCGCGGGCCAAGCCGGUGAGAGUGGCUGUGCGCUCCCAGGGGCAGGCAGUGACGCCCGACACGGACUUCUAUAUUGCUGAUACCAUUGGUACGUGGGGAUACCAUUGGUACGUGGAGAUACCAUUGGUACGUGGGGAUACCAUUGGUACGUGGGGAUACCAUUGGUACGUGGGGAUACCAUUGGUACGUGGGGAUACCAUUGGCGAGCUGACGCUGCUCUACUCCAUCAUCCCGCUCGCCUUCGUGGGGGGCUCGCUGCUGCCCGGUCUGGGCGGCCACAACAUUGCUGAGCCUGCCGUCUCCUCCUGUGCCGUCCUCACCGGUCCCCACCUGGGUCACUUUACCUCUGUGCUGCAGCAGCUGCAGCAAGUUGCGCCCCUCUCUGUGUGGCAGAUAUGCCUCCCGCUCUGUGUGUCCGAGCUGGCUGUGAUGACCCUAUCACAGCCAGUCACCUCGUCUGAGGUGGAACGCUACUGGUCCGCCCUUGCUCGUGUGCAGAGGCGGGACCGGAACCGCCUGGCCGCCACAAAGAUGACUGACGUCACCUUUGUGGCGUUCACCAGGCGGGCACGUGAGGCUUUCGAUCGCAGGCAGGUUGUGCGUGAGAACCUGUAUCGUGACCUGAGCGAUGGCACACUCAAGGACGGCUGCCCCGUUCCCCCGGUCGCGCCAGAAGUUGAGGAAGAGGGGGCUGAAGUAGUGGAGGGAGAGGAGGAAGAGUGUACCACCACCAUUAACUGGGCGGAGUUCGGUAGCAUUGGGAAGAAGAGCAGGAAGAGGAAGGCGGGUCCGGGAGAGUCCUCCAAGAGGAAGAGGAAGAGGAAGGGGAAGGGGAAGGGGAAGGGGAAGGGGAAGGGGAAGGGCAAGGGCAAAGUUUCUGGCAGGGUUGUGAGGAAGGGAAAAGCUGCAGAGUGGGGGGAGGAGGAGGAGGAGGAGGAGGAUGACGAGGAGGAGGAAGAGGAGGAGGAGGAGGAGGAGGAGGAGGAGGAGGAGGAGGAGGAGGAGGAGGAGGAGGAGGAGGAGGAGGAGGGGGAGGAGGAGGAGGCGGAGGAGGAUGAGGAGGAGGAGGCUCCGGCGGCGGACAGCAGUGGGCGUGAGGAGGCGGCACCCGCCAAGAACCAAAGGGGCAUUGAUCCGUGGGAUAUCAGCGAUGGUGAUAGUGGGGAGGAGGAAGAGGAUGAGGAGGAUGACGAGGAGGAGGGAGAAGAGGAUCAUCAGUAG